AGUCGAUCAAUGGUGCAAGUAGUAGGCGGUGGUCCUCCGCGUAUUUACAAAACGAAGUUGGGAGCAGCGACUACUUGCUAGUAACGUGACAGCCAUCAAGAGGGGUGGCGUAAUAGCAGAGCAGUACUCGUUAUAUCGAUUACGGGGAUGGGCCUCCUGGGUAAGAUAGUGGUGGCGUCGUUGGUGAUAGUGGUGGCCUUGUUCUGGGCCAAGCUGAACGAAACGGCGCCGCCGCCUGUGCUGCGUUCAGAGUGGUGGGCGCAGGGACAGCCGCAAGCCGUCGACACUUCCAUCCGGCCCUUCAAGAUAAAUGUCCCAGACCAGGUCCUCAAAGACUUGGACGAUAGACUGAAGUCGUACACAACAUUAACACCGCCACUGGAAGGUAUUGGGUUCCAGUAUGGUUUCAACUCAAAGUACCUGAACGAGGUUGUUCAGUUCUGGCGAACGAAGUACAACUGGCGCGAGCGCGAGAAGUUCCUGAACAAGUUCCCACAGUUCAAGACGACGGUGGACGGGCUGGAGCUGCACUUCCUGCGCGUCAAGCCGGCAAACGUGCCGAAGGGUGUGGACAUCGUGCCGUUGCUGCUGCUACACGGCUGGCCGGGCUCCGUGCGGGAGUUCUACUCCGUCAUCCCGCUGCUCACCACGCCGCGAGAGGGGCAGAACUUUGUAUUCGAGGUGGUGGCGCCCUCGCUGCCGGGAUACGGCUUCUCGCAGGGCGCCCAGAAGCCGGGUCUCGGUCCGGCGCAGGUGGCGGUCGUCAUGAGAGACCUCAUGGAGCGCCUGGGGUUCAAGAAGUACUAUGUGCAGGGUGGUGACUGGGGAGCCAUAAUCGGGUCUCACAUGGCCACUCUCUUCCCCGACAGACUGUUGGGCUACCAUUCCAACAUGUGCUUCUCCAACUCUCCGAUGUCCAUUUUUAAGAACUUCAUUGGCAGUUUUUGGCCCACGUUGUUCGUGGAGCAGCGCUAUGCGGACAAAGCGUUUCCAUAUUGGGAAAAAUUUUUUGGUGUAAUUCUUGAAGAAAUGGGAUACUUCCAUAUUCAAGCUACGAAACCAGAUACCGUAGGAACGGCUCUGCAAACCUCGCCGGUCGGUCUGGCUGCCUACAUUCUGGAGAAGUUCUCUACGUGGACUGAUGCGUCGUGGAGAUCCCUGCCUGAUGGUGGACUUACAAAGAAAUACUCGCUGACCGACCUGCUGGAUAAUGUAAUGAUUUACUGGGUCACUAACUCAAUCACUACGUCUGUCAGACUGUACAGUGAGAGCUUCACCAGGGCACAACUCGCUCUGAAGCUGGACGUUGUCCCUAACUACACGCCGACGGCCUGUGCACAGUUCCUCAACGAGAUUACCUUCGUUCCCGAGUCGAUGGCUCGGGAUAAAAACCGGAACCUGGUCCGGUAUACCGUGCAGCCCAGGGGCGGCCACUUCGCGGCGUUCGAAGAACCCAAACUGCUCGCCGACGACGUGUGGGAGUCCGUCAAGACUAUGCGCGAGCAGGCGAAGAAGUAGCUGUGCCAUUGGUGCCUGAAGCAAGACUGAAGAAAAUGAAUGGAUGGGUGACUUAAUGAAUGUGUGUGUGUGUGUGUGUGUGUGCGCGCGUCGUUCUGCUAUGUAACAUGUCUGUUAAUAUUGUAAAUAUUAAAUAUAUUUGUUGGAUUUUUGUACGGUGCAAAUCUUUUUCUUUCAGUUUAGAAAUAACAUUAUUUUGAAAUUGC